CUUUCCUCAACCUGAACAAGGGAGCGUCCAUAGUUUCAGGUAGAAGCAACAGGUAACAGAUUCAAGAUGCCUGGUACAGCGAGGCAUGACCGGGAGAUGGCAAUCCAAGCAAAGAGAAACCUGGCCAAAACCACAGAUCCAAUUGAGAGGCUGCGGCUGCAGUGUUUGGCAAGAGGGUCUGCGGGCAUCAAGGGCCUGGCAAGGGUCUUUCGCAUCAUGGAUGAUGACAACAGCAGGAGUCUAGAUUUCAAGGAGUUCUUGAAAGGCCUCCAUGAUUAUGCUGUGCUAAUCGAGAAAGAAGACGCUGAAAAGAUUUUCAGAGUUUUUGAUAAAGAUGGGAGUGGAACAAUUGACUUUGAUGAAUUUCUCCUAACAUUAAGACCUCCUAUGUCGAAUGCCAGGAAAGAAGUCAUUAUGCAAGCUUUUCGAAAGCUAGACAAGACUGGUGAUGGUAUUGUCACCAUUGAAGAUCUUCAGGGAGUCUACAAUGCAAAACAUCACCCCAAGUAUCAGAAUGGAGAAUGGACGGAAGAUCAAGUUUUUAGGACUUUUCUAGAUAACUUUGAUUCACCCUACGAAAAAGAUGGAAAGGUAACAACAGACGAAUUCAUGAAUUAUUAUGCCGGUGUCAGUGCUUCAAUAGAUACGGAUGUCUAUUUCAUUGUGAUGAUGAAAAAUGCUUGGAAAAUUUGAUUGUAUGAUUUUAUAAAACAACAUUUCCUCCUCUUUCUUUUAGCUUAUAACAUCCCCUUAGCCUCGCAUGCAGAAAAGGAUGACUGUAUCACAUGCAAUUGCUGCACACAGUUGCUACGCAUUGUACUAACACAGAAGAAAUGAUAGUUCCUGUGAUCAAGACUGAUGUUUCGGCAGGGGGGCAGAAAUGUCCAUCACUUCAGAAAACACAGAUUCUCAACAUGUGUAAUGUGAAUACGGAAACAUUUUCAGCAGAAAAUUGACAGGCCAUAGGAACGGAAGCUGACUCUUACCCCCUUUUUCCUUGUGUCAGGGGUUUUUUUCUGGGAAAAGAGGUGGUGGAACUCAGUGGGUUGCCC